AUGAACUUCUCCACAGCGGCCGUCGAGGCUUUCUUGAGGUUUCUGUACUCUGGCAAGCUGUCGACAAACAAGACUGUUGCAGUGGAAGCUGCUCUAAUGGCGGAGAUCUAUGACAUCCAGGAGCCCUCCAAGAUUUGCGAAUCAAUGCUGUUGCAUGGCACUUCUCUAGCUGAUGUUUACGCCAUGUUGGAAGUGGCCCAUCGGUUUCCGGAAGUCGGCGACAGCCUGCGAGGGGCCUGCCUCAGAGCUCUUCUGGCAGAUCCAGAACAAAGCCUCCAGGAUGCUUGGACGCUGAGCCCAAGGCUGCUGGAAGAGUUAUUGGCGACGGCAACGAAUGAUAUUGGAGAUUACGAGCUUGCAAAGAUGAUCCUUUCCUGGCAGGAGAAGAAUCCGAACCAAAGCUUCGCCAACAUGCUGCAGGACCAUGUGAGCCUAGGAGGUCUCAGUGAAGACCGCUAUUCCGAUAUUCGUGCCUAUUCAGAGCAAGUUGGCCUCGGUUUUGCAGUGGAUCAGAUGUGGGCACAAGCUCAGGCUGCCACAGGGGAUUGGACACCUGAUUUGUUCAAGUACAUGGAGGGGAAAUGGCAAGACCAGUGCCAGGAGCAUCGUCGUACGAUGCCUUUUGUGGGCUGCUGGAUCAAUCUGAUUCCAAGCAGUUUGGGAUGGAAGCCGCCGCCUCACUCCCAUGGGCCACACAAGGCGCAAGAGGAAGUGGCACGAAAUGUGCUGAAUCUGGAGCUGCAGCCAGGUGAAGCCAUGACCUGGUUCCUUCCCAUCCAUACAAUCCACGUGAGCGGCAUCAGCUUCACCGACCCUGUACUUGGUCUGGUGGCCAAUGGUGAAGCAAGUGUCGAAGUUUUCAGUUCCAGCAAUGGAUGUCACUGGGACUUGCUUUGGUCAUCUGCGCGUAGCAAUUUCUCCUGCCGUACGAAAGAGCGAGUUAGAUGGUUCAAGCUGGGUGUCAAGCACCAACCCUUCUCCUCCAAGCUUCAGAUACAAGGCGUCGUGCAUGCCGGCUGA